AGUGCAAAAAAAAACUACUUCAGUGAAACAGCGAAGUAAGGAUGACUUCACAAGUCCCUAAUUAUCUUUUUAUGGGGUAGCCUACUAACGAUUAAAUAACGAUAGUCAACUUGUUCUAGAGGGCCGUCUACCUAAACUGCCGCUGCGGGCGAAUCGCUUCUCAAAGUAUCGCAAUGUCGUCAGGAGUUCGCGAAAGUGUCAAGGAUUACUACGGCUCGCGCCUGGAAACUUCUGCAGAUCUGCAAACAAAUGCCACAACUUGUACCUUGACUUCCAUGAACAAGAGUGCCUGUAAUGCCUUGAAACUAGUCCACCCUGACGUAGCCAAAAGGUUCUUCGGCUGUGGAGUAGUGAUUCCAGAGAAGCUGGAGGGGUGUAAAGUCUUGGAUCUGGGCAGCGGGUCCGGACGCGACUGCUACAUCAUUAGCAAACUAGUUGGGGAGCAUGGCCAAGUCACAGGCGUUGACAUGAUCGAAUCCAUGAUCUCUGCCUCACAGAAGUUUAUCCAGUACCACCAGGAGAAGUUUGGAUAUGAGAAACCAAACAUUGCUUUUGUUCAAGGCUAUUUGGAGAAGCUCGAUGAGGCUGGGAUUCAAAGCAACUCCCUGGAUGUGUUGGUGUCUAACUGUGUGCUAUGUCUGUGCCCUGACAAACGUGCAGUGCUGGCGGAGGCCUUCAGGGUCCUGAAGGAAGGAGGAGAGCUCUACUUCAGUGAUCUGUAUGCCAGUGAAGUUGUGCCAGAAUCCUUCAAAGAAGACCCUGUUUUGUGGGGUGAAGGAAUGGGUGGCUCCCUCUUCUGGCAGGAUUUCAUAUCGCUGGCAAAGGAGGUCGGCUUCAGCACCCCCUAUCUUGUGGCCGGCAGUGAAAUCGUGGUUCAUAACGCUGAGCUUGUGAAAAAAGCAGGCAGUGUUAAAUAUGCAUCUGGAACAUACCGGCUCUUCAAGCUUCCCCAGACCAUCUUGGACAAGAAGGCCUUGGUGACCUACAAGGGAACUGUGGCCGAUAAUCCAGAGGAGAUGUGCUUUGAUGCUGCACAUUCUUUUAAAACAAACGUUGCCAUGGAGGUGGAUGGGGAGAUGGCCACUGUACUGCAGAGUUCUCGUUUCUCUUCAGACUUUAACAUCCAGAUGUUGGAUACUCAUCAUCAAGCACCCUCAAAGUACUGCCACCUCAGUCCGUUCCUGCUGGCGUGUAAACUGGGGGCUUCUAUGAAGCAGUGUUCCAAGAGGGAAGCCGCCAGGCGAGCGGAUGAUGCGGCCAGCGGAGCAUGUGAAGGGAGUGGGAGCACUGGAGGCUGUGGACAGUAGACCGCUGAGCCACGCGGUUAGUCAGGCAGCUACAUAUACACAGGGCUCGAGUUGAAGGGGGGUGGUAUCCCUUCUUCACAUAUUGUGUUAAAAUUGCACUUUUAAUCAACUACAUUUUCAUUUCAACUUUUCAUUUUAUCAACUGCAUUUUUUUUCUCUGGGGAGAAUCCCCCGAACCCCCAAUAAUCUGAAUCCUUAUCUGACCAUCCCCUCUGCUUUGGUUUUACAACUUGAGCACUGCAUAUACAGCACCGUAGGGUGCAAGUUAUUUCUACAGACUUGUGUCCUUUCCUCCGUCGUAUAUCCAACACUAUGUCCUUGUUGUCAUCUUGGGUUAUAAGUCAGUUUUACAUUGAUCUAACAUUCAUUCAUCUAACAUUUAACAUCCACAUGUGCGCUAUCAACAAAUAACACUUGUUGGACUUGUAAUUUCUUGUCCAGAUAUACGUACGUAUCACGUUUUUAGUUUGAAUGUGUGUGUUCAAUAUAAAACUGUCUUUGACCAAGUCAACAAUGAGGACAGAGAACAAAGGAAAGGAUGCAAGUCUGCAGAAAUUACUUGCACCCAUAUGGUGAGAAACUAUGGUAGCUUUGUACAGUAGGGCGCAUACAAUUACAAUCACCGCCUGUAGUGUAGCUAGCAGUGAGUGGGAGUUCAAAUGGUACUUUAUCACAGUAGAGGCCUCUCUCCGUAAUCAUUAGGUAAUUACAGUAGAUCAUUAGGUGUGAUAAAGAUGUUAAAACUGUAUAUGUUUAAUGUGGAACUUUAGCCAAUAUAGCACUGAAAACAGUUUUUUAAAUAUUUUGAAUUCCAACAAUUCUGUGGGCUGUGAAUUACAAGUUAAAAUGUUCCGAUGGAUUCUUUAACAUUUCAGUAUGCUUUCAGUAUGUGUUAAGAUCGGAUGUCAUAUCAGAACUAUUUUGUGAUUGCUUGUCCUCCUGAGUGUGUACAUAUAUACAGAAUACAGAAAAAUAGAUUUAGUUCAAAAGCUGAGUUGCACUUCUAUUGUCUUUUAAAUUUGUAACUUCACUGUUUGUCAGAUCAAGGUCUCAUAAUUCACCUGCAGUGAUAUGAAUCAUCAUGUGUUGGUUAGCAAGUAAACACACACAAAAAAAAAUUCCCAACACAAAGCAUUUUCACAUUUUCACAUACUCUGUUCGUACUUUUCAAAAAACAAUUUGAAUUAAAGAACUGAUUACAUUUUGA